AAUCUCCCUGGGUUUGAGGACAGCUACGUCAGGUUGCUUCUUGCACUCUGGAUCACGAAGCUGCUGGAGAGUGUCAGUGGCUUAUAGGCACAAAGCAAGAGAGGCAGAGAUCUGCACAUCAUAGGCUCAGAGAGUGCAAACCUCACCCAAAGCACGGCAGCUACAGAGCACCAUGGCAUUUGCAGGGAUGCUGAGCGACGAGGACAUCAGGGCUGCGGUCCAGGCUUGUCAAACUCCGGGCACAUUCGACUUCAAGUCGUUUUUUGCACAAGUGGGUCUGACCGGCUCAUCUGAGGCAGAUGGAAAAAAAGUGUUUACAGUUCUGGACCAAGACAGGAGUGGAUACAUUGAGGAGGAGGAGCUCAAACUGUUCCUUCAGAAUUUCUCUCCGGGGGCGAGAGAGCUGACCGUGGCUGAGACCAAGACUCUGAUGGCUGCAGGAGAUAAGGAUGGUGAUGGCAAGAUUGGGAUGGAAGAGUUCUGUGAUAUCCUGAAAUAAAGAGAAAAAUAAGAUAAGAUGUUUGUUUGGUGGCGAGACAGCCGCGAGACUUUAGUUGUGUGUGUUUAAUCAAUCAGGUAGCUGGAAUGGGUUAAUAAAUGUAUUUAAAAUGUGA